UUUCCAUUUCCCAACUCCGCGCCCCGAGUUUGUAGAUGGAGCUGCUCGGCGGCGCCUGCGGCUGAGGGAGAGCGGCGGCGGCGGGCGUGGGGGAAGCGGCGGCGGCGGCGGCGGCGCGAGGCGGCCGAGGUGCAGCAAGUCGCAGCAAUGCAGCAAGUGCUGGAUAACCUUACAGAGCUGCCCUCAUCUACAGGAGCAGAAGAAAUAGACCUGAUUUUUCUCAAAGGAAUUAUGGAGAACCCUAUUGUAAAAUCACUUGCUAAGGCUCAUGAAAGACUAGAAGAUUCAAAACUAGAAGCUGUCAGUGACAAUAACUUGGAAUUAGUCAAUGAAAUUCUUAAAGAUAUCAGUCCUCUAAUAAAUGUGGAUGAAAAUGUGGCAGAACUGGUUGGUAUACUCAAGGAGCCUCACUUUCAGUCACUCCUGGAAGCUCAUGAUAUUGUGGCAUCAAAGUGUUAUGAUUCACCUCCUUCAAGCCCAGAAAUGAAUAAUUCUUCUGUCAAUAACCAGCUAUUACCAGUAGAUGCCAUUCGUAUUCUUGGUAUUCACAAAAGAGCUGGGGAACCAUUGGGUGUAACAUUUCGAGUUGAAAACAAUGAUCUGGUAAUUGCACGAAUCCUGCAUGGAGGAAUGAUAGAUCGACAAGGCCUGCUUCAUGUGGGUGAUAUCAUCAAAGAAGUAAAUGGCCAUGAAGUUGGGAGUAAUCCAAAGGAAUUACAAGAGUUACUAAAAAAUAUUAGUGGAAGUGUCACCUUAAAAAUUUUGCCAAGCUAUAGAGAUACCGUUACUCCUCAGCAGGUAUUUGUGAAAUGUCAUUUUGAUUAUAAUCCAUACAAUGAUAACCUGAUACCCUGCAAAGAAGCAGGAUUGAAGUUUUCAAAAGGAGAAAUUCUUCAAAUUGUAAACAGAGAAGAUCCAAACUGGUGGCAGGCUAGCCAUGUGAAAGAGGGAGGAAGUGCUGGUCUUAUUCCAAGCCAGUUCCUGGAAGAGAAGAGAAAGGCCUUUGUUAGAAGAGACUGGGACAAUUCAGGACCUUUUUGUGGAACCAUGAGCAGUAAAAAAAAGAAAAAAAUGAUGUAUCUCACAACCAGAAAUGCAGAAUUUGAUCGUCAUGAAAUCCAGAUAUAUGAAGAAGUCGCCAAAAUGCCUCCCUUCCAGAGAAAGACAUUAGUACUAAUAGGAGCUCAAGGUGUGGGCCGAAGAAGCUUGAAAAACAGAUUCAUAGUUUUGAAUCCUACUAGAUUUGGAACCACAGUUCCAUUUACUUCACGGAAACCAAGAGAAGAUGAAAAAGAUGGCCAAGCAUAUAAAUUUGUGUCACGAUCUGAAAUGGAAGCAGACAUUAAAGCUGGGAAAUACUUGGAACAUGGAGAAUAUGAAGGCAAUCUGUAUGGAACCAAGAUUGAUUCUAUUCUCGAAGUUGUUCAAACUGGGCGAACUUGUAUAUUAGAUGUCAACCCACAAGCCCUGAAAGUUCUGAGGACGUCUGAGUUCAUGCCCUAUGUUGUGUUUAUUGCCGCUCCAGAGCUGGAGACACUGCGUGCCAUGCAUAAGGCUGUGGUGGAUGCUGGCAUCACUACCAAGCUUUUGACAGAUUCUGACUUGAAGAAAACAGUGGAUGAAAGUGCCCGGAUUCAGAGAGCAUACAACCACUAUUUUGAUUUGAUCAUCGUGAACGACAAUCUAGAUAAAGCCUUUGAGAAACUACAAACUGCCAUAGAAAAACUGAGAAUGGAACCACAGUGGGUCCCAAUUAGUUGGGUUUAUUGAUGAUUCAAUAAGGUUGACAAUUAAAAUAAAACUUUUAAAAAGUGACUGCAACAAAUAAGCCUUCUACUGAGAAAACACACGCACAGAUAGAAGAUAUCUGCUAAGUCCAGGCAUUUUUAUUGUGUAGAUAGGAAUACUAGUACACUUCUGAAUUUUUAUAUGAAAUAAGGUUGGGAAGGUGUACUAAUAUAUAAUUUAUCUUAAUUUUUCUAACUUUUUAUGGAUAAUCUUUCUAUUCAUGUCACAUAAAGAAAUGCGUUGAAGCAUUUUGUAUGUUUGACUUAGUUCCCUAGCCUUUGUCAUCAAAGAAAUUUUCAAAUCAUUUACUCUAGCAUUGGUUUCACAUUCACUGUGAUAAUGAAUACUUGAAAUAGUUUUGUAAAGCUGGCAUUUAGUUCGGCACUUAACUAGUAAAGGAACAGUUACUCUUAUUAGGAGAAAGUAGUAAGUUAUUGCCCUUCUUUCCUGAUUUAUUUUCUUAUAGAAGCAGGAUUUUAGUGUCUGUGCAUCUGCUACAUCCAAUUCUUAUACAGAAGUCUGCUCUGUAGUACAUAGCUUCUUUAUUUCAGAGAUGUAUGGCUAUCCAUUCUAAUUUAUACAGAUACACUGGUUUUCCCCCCUUUGCUUCUCUCUUUAGCAAAAGGAAAAAAAAAUGAAGAGCAAUAUCUUGCACUCUCUCAUAUGUUGCAGUCGCAGACUGAUGUAACUUUACAUGUACACAGCAAACAGGGCCAUACAGGCUGAGAGAGUGCCUUUUCCUCUGAAAACUUACAAGAUAACAAUUUAUUUUCACAUUUAAAAUUUUAGUUCCAAGAAAUGAGCUUACUGUACUAGGUAGCUUUUUUAAGUUAGGAUAUGGUCAACAAAUGUAUCAUAUCUGUUCAGAUCUCUGUGAUGUUUAAAAAUGCCUCAAAGUUCACAAUUGGAGGGUUUUGUGAAUAAUCUGCUUUUUUGAAAUAUGACAUGAUCAUUAUUGUUUGAGUUGUGUUGAGAACCAAUUCAUUUAUAAUUUACAAAAUUUGAAAGUAAUUUAGAUGUUUUGUCUCUAUACCAUAUGUGUUAUAUAAUAUGAACAUUGUAUAUAUGACAUAAUAUAUACAAAAUAACAUCAUAUAUUUUUUACAUUUCUGUUAGGAAAUGUGUUUUGUUUAAUAAUUAAAAAAUAGCUUUCCCUUCACUUCAUUGACAUUCACAAAUUUCAAAAAUUCCCUUCAGUAAAUAUUUCUCUGGAACAUU